UCAGAGACCCUCUGUUUCGCUGAGAUGUCGCCGAAAGGAGGCGGAUUACUGCAGUUUAUACAAACCGCGUGUUUCCUCUCGUGUUGUUCAGCAGACGUGUGCAGCUUUAGUGGAAGCGGCUUAGCGCGGGAUCCUCUCUCAGGGCCGGUCCAGCAGGUCAGUCUGCGCUGCUCCACCGGCUCGGUCCGCUGGCUCUUCCCGCGUCUCGCGCUGCGGCUCCUGCUGAAGCCCAACGUGGCCUCCGCGCGCCCCGCCGCGCUCUGCAUUAAAGCCUCGCGCGCGUCGCGCGGCGCCGCUGUGUACGCGGAGCGCGCCGGGGAGCUGCAGCUGCUCGUGGAGGACGGAGAGCUGUCCGAGCAGGUGCACUGUGUCCGGACGGACGGAGCUCGGGGAGCUGCCAUCUUCCUUCAAGCCAACCCGCAGAGCGAUUUCCGGCGGCGAGCCGUGAGCUUCCGGUACGAGCUGCUGCAGGAAAAGAGCAUCGGGAGCAAAGCUGCCUGCCGACCAUGCAGUGACUCUGAGAUCCUCCAGGCCAUCUGCACCAGUGACUUUGUGGUCCGUGGCUCCAUACGUAGUGUAUCCCAUCAUCCUGAGCGGCAGACAUCUGUGAUCGAGGUGGAGGAGGCCCGAGUAUACCGACAGCGCAGCGGCAUCUUUGAGAGAGAGCCGAUCAUGUCUGGCCACUGGCACGGUCACAUCCAUACCCCCCUGCAGUGCCACGUUAAAGCCGGAGCUGGCCAAUUCCUCUUCACUGGAGCUGAGCACUUUGGUGAGGCUUGGCUCAGCUGUGCUCCCAGAUUCAAAGACUUUGAGGAGUUGUAUUAUUUAGCCAGGGCAGCACAGCACAUAACCUGUGAAUUUCCAAUCGACUGAUAAGAUUCAUGCUAUGUUGUAUACAUCCUCGCUGUAAUAACAAAACCUUGCAUCUCUGAAAUGGUAACUUCCGCCAAAUGUUUGCAUAUAGAAAAGAUUGAGAUAUCAUUCAGAGUAAUGUCAUAUGAAAUGCUCCCUUUUUGAGAAUUGUUUACUAUAGUGGUGAUAGGAACCAGACGUCUGAAGAAGUUUAGUGCCGCUGAAAGCCUCCUAACAGAAAGUUAUUAAGCGAAAUGAUUAUCAUUGCCUGAUGCAUGAUUCGUUGUUUUAUUAUAGUUUUGAGAAGGUUGUGGCCUAAAACAUGGAUAAUAAAUAAAAUAAUCAUUUUUGUGUUGUAGACAUCACAACCUCUGGUUCCUAU